CAGUGAGACACGGUCGCGUGCACAAGUUCCAAGCGGUCGAAGAUCCGAAGACUCAAGAGAUCCGAUCUAAGCCAAGCCAAGAAGGCCAACGAAUCAGCAGACAUUGGGCCACAGCAGCUCAUUAGCAUUCAACGGCUGAAAAGAUCUAUAAAUACGCAUAGUGAAUGCAAAACGGAAACCUGAAAAUCAGAAUCCCAUGACGCCAUAUUUGUUUUUUGACUUGAUUGAGCGCCCGACUCCACUGUGUAAGUGAGUCUCAAUCGCAAUCUCGAGUGUCUCGUCGCUAGUGAGUGUGUGUUGAGGGUACGCGAGUGUGUGACUGAAGCUUGGGACGCAGCAGACGACGGAGGAGCUGGGCUAGCCAUCGAAACUAGUGAAUUAUUCCAAGUGACACAAAGGCAUUACGAAUUCUUUGAGCCAAAUUUCGGGAUCGAGAAUAAAAUUGAAAAUUGAAAAGUCUAGCCGAGCCCAGGGCUGGCCUGUGUGUGUGGCUCUGUCUACACCGCUAUGGACGAGUGUGCGUGUGCCCCCGCGUGUGUUGGUGUUUCCCCGAUAUUGUGUGUCAGUGUCCGUGCUUGUGUGCCCGUGUGGCUGUGUCUGUGAGUGCCCAAGAAAUACCCGCUUACAUCAGCGAAAAGUUAAGAACGAACACACACACACACACACACAGUCUUGGCUAACACACAGAGCAAAACCAGAAAAUCCACAUUGUUCGGGUUCGGGUUCGGUCUCCGUCGCCGUCGCCGUCGCCGCGCCUCCGUCACUGCCCCUGCCCCUGCCUGCUACCAGCAGCAAGCAACUCGAAGCUCCACUACGUAGCGAUCGAAACGUAAGCCAUCCAUUCGGUUGUUGGGGCCCUUUGUUCUGGGCACAAGGAAUUUUCGAAAUCUUCCAAAUCUUCUUCUGAGAAUGGGAGACUCCACGCCCAUUUGCCGUUGCCGCGUGCUCUAUUUGGGUAGCGCAGUGCCGCGCCAGAGCAAGGACGGGCUCCAGGGCAUUCAGGAGCCGCUGCGCAGUCUCUACCCCUCGGAGGGGGCCGUGGGCGCCAAGGGCAUCGACAGCUGGCUGAGCGUCUGGUCGAACGGCAUUCUGCUGGAGAACGUGGACGAGAACCUCAAGCAGAUCACGCGCUUCUUCCCAAUCGAGUCCCUCCACUACUGCGCAGCCGUGCGACAGGUGCUCAUUCCGGAGCGCGGUAACGCUCAUCCGGAGCCGAAGUUCCUGCCACUGGAUUCGCCCUUCGCCCGCAUGCCACGGGCCCAGCAUCCGCCCAUCUUCGCGGCAAUCCUGCGCCGCACCACCGGAAUCAAGGUGCUCGAGUGCCACGUGUUCAUCUGCAAAAGGGAGGCUGCGGCCAACGCUCUAGUCAGGUGCUGCUUCCACGCCUAUGCCGAUAACUCGUACGCCCGCCAGCUGGAGACGGGCAGCACGACGGGUGGAGGUAGCAGCAGCGUCUACGGCACACUAAAGAGUGCCGCCGGCAGCAAAUCCAACGGCGACCUGGCCAGCGUCGGACUGGCCAAUGGAAGCGGACAUGGCAGCCAUCAUCUGGCCCUCGCCGCCCAGGGCGGCUGGAGGUCCCGAGCCGGCAGCACAACGACGCUAAACAGCCUGGGGCGCGCAUCCAACGGUCAUGGCCCGAACGGCAUGAACGGCGGCAGCACUGGCAGUGCCGCGGAGGGCUACACGUCCGUCAAGAACUUUUACGGGAGCAGCGCUGACCUGAACGUGACCGGGGACGACGGCGAUGCUUCGCUGUACAACGGGGAUGAGAACCACAAGGUGUGGAGUGGGUCCCAGGAUCAGCUGGACAGCAUCGGGGUGCCCGUUGAGAGUCCGUACGAGAUGUUCACAGGAAACACCUCCACCCUGGGCAGGCCGCUGCGGGCCCGCCAGAUUAGUGCCCCCAUCGAUGUACCUCCGCCCCCCGUCAAGGAGGAGCGCAAGCAGAAGCGCGACAAGAAGUCGUCCAAGUCCAGCGGGAGCCAAAGCCUGUCGGGCACCCUCAUCAGACCGAAGCCCAUGCACCCUGCCGCCAUGCAUCGCUCUGGCCUUCAGAGCUCUGCCGGUCCCGGCAGCGUCAUCUACGGGCCCGUCUCCGGACACGGACACGGACUCGGGCCGCACUCUGCCCGCUAUCACACCAUCAGUCAUCGGGGUUUCCCCCCCGGUCCACCGCCACCCAGUCACCUGGCCCACCAUCCGCCGCAGCUUACGCAUCAACACCAUAUGAUGCACCAUGCGGCACACCAACACAUGGGCGGCAUGCCACCCCUUCAAAUCCCUGUCAUGCUGCCCCAGCAGUACGCAACACUGCAACCAUCGCGCUCGACCAGCAAAAAGAAGAAGAAGGACAAGAAGAACGGUGGAGGCGGAGUUCCCGUGGGGAUGCCCAUAGUGCCCCCCAUAUAUGCCUACCACCAGCAGCAGGCCAUGGGUGGCGUCCCGCCCCCGCAGAUGUCGCAGUCGAUGAUUGGGGAGCCGCGUCCGCUGGGAAUGUCCAGUCGAAAAAUGGCGGCGUCGAUGGGCAACGGGCUGGAUGACUCUGGCAACUCGGGUGCCGAGUCCCCGUCGCCAGGAGGCACAGGAAUUUACAAGCGCAAGGGGCACCUGAACGAGCGGGCCUUUAGCUAUUCCAUCCGCCAGGAGCACCGCAGUCGCAGCCACGGAUCGCUGGCCAGCCUGCAGUUCAACCCACCGGACAUGAAAAAGGAGCGCGAGAUCGCGCAGAUGGUGGCGGGCCUGGAUCUGAACGAUGGCGAGCGACAGAUGGGACCGAGCACUCUGCAACGCAAACAGGCCGCUAUGACGAUGACGAACGGCGGAGGACAACAUCCGCAUCCCCACGCGCACCCCCCACAUCCACAUCAACAUCCGCAUCCACAUCCGCAUCCGCAUGCCAUAUACGGGCCCCUGGGUCCCUCCAGUAGCUUCGGCAAGCCACGAAGAUAGGAGUUGGGCGGAUCUGUUGCAAUACGAGUACGAGUACGAGUACUUCUGGAUCGCACUAGGCCGAAGUGCAUAGGAUUAAACAACGUUUAGCGAUGCUGGUCAAAUUAGAAAGGGAACCAAUCGAAGCUGCGGGCUGACCUCGACCUCGGUCCCCCUCUACAGCAAACACAAGAAGCGGUCAGGUCAUCAUACGGCAGACAUACGAGUAGAGACAGGAGGCAACGGACCAGCGAGGGCGAGGUCCUGAGAAUUCCAACAUUGAAUCCAAUUUAAUCAAUGAAUAUGUGUGCCUUAUUAGGUUUAUACUAUAAGUAAAUCCGUUAGCGGAUGUAUCCAUGAAUACAUGAAACAGCGUACUUUGUACUUUAACCAUCAUAAUACAUAGUGUAGAAUAAUAUAACACCACUGCUUGCCCACUGCAAGCUCCGGCCGAACGAACUAAUGAACAGAUAACUUCCGACUGGCGUCAAAGGCGAUCGAUCACAAAUGUACAAUAUUCUAUCGAGUGGAGAGUAACUCCCGCAUUUCGUUCUGUUCACUUUAGUAUCGUAAAAUAGGGUCAGGAAAUAGAAGAACAGAACUAUCCAUAUACACACAUAUAUUCGUAUACAUUUCAAUAUGUACAAUAAAUAUAAUAAAUUGUUAA